AUGCUGGAUGCCGAGGCCGGAGAGGAAGCCGGGGCUCGGGAGUUCGCGGACCCGCCUUCCCUCGAAGCCAGCCUCCUGGGUGCCGGCCGGGCCGGGGCGCAGGUGGCGGCGCGGCCCGCCCGUCCCCGGAAGAACCGGUUCCCGCUGCCCCCGCCCGCGGGCCCGCGCCCCGUUCGGCGGCCCUGCCUCCGAGGGGCCUGUCCGCUCCGCCAGGGCACCGCUGAAGGUCUUCUUCGGACCAACGCCGUCCGCGCCUGCGCGGCCCCACGCCCGUGGCGCCUGCGCGCCCCGAGCCCCGCGCCCCGCGCCGCGGCUGCGCCGGAGAGUCGCUCCGGGGGCGCGCGCCGCGGGCCCGAGGAGGCCCAACACCUUCAACUGUCCGAGUGCGCGCGCGUGCCGCGGGGGCCGGCGCGCGGGGGCGGGCGGGGUGGACGUGAGCGCGCAGGCGCGGCGCCCGCGCCUUUAUCCCCCGAGGGGCCGGCUCUCGCGAGAAGGCGCGGAGCCCACUAG